AUGGCGAUUUCACCGACAACGCUGCUGGUCAGCAGCUUCAUGCUGACAUCGUUUCCCACAGCCUUAGCACACGGUCAUCAUUCACAUGGCCCCGCAGACAACUCGAUACCCAUCGAUAAUAUUCUCUGGAUUCACAUCGGUGUCCAGACUUUUGCAUGGUUCUUCCUUUUCCCUUUAGCCAUGGUGCUUGGCAUGGUGCGACAUCGACUGCAUGUGCCUGUCGCUAUCACCUCGCUCGCGCUCACUGUCGGAGGCUACUUUCUCGGUCAUGGACACGGCGGUCGAUCCUUCCCGCAUACUGCUCAUGGCACUAUGGCAUCGCUGCUCGUCUUUUACCUUGCUGUGCAGACAUUUCUCGGCGUCUACCUCAAGCUGCAUCUGCAAUGGCGGCCCGAAAAGUGGAUUCGACCCACGCUCGUCACCAUCCACGGCAUCCUCGGUAAGAGCUUUCCUAUCGUCGGCUGGGUGCAGAUGGUGUUCGGUCUCUCCACUCUCCAAUCCUGGUGCUUCGGUGGGCAUCUUGGCCAAUGCCUUGCCCACUACAUUAUGGGCUCCGCCUUUCAAGCCUAUGCAGCCAUCCUGGUAAUCAUGAUGAAAGCAGGCGGUGACUGGCUGCAGCGACGCGGUCAGAGUCAAGAAUGGUUUGAUUCGUGGGUCAUCAUGCUAUGGGGCAUCGUCAACACAUUCACCGAGCAUCAUGGUGGACCAUGGACGCACAAGGACUUGCAACACACACUCAUGGGCGUUCUGUGGUGGGCCGGCGGUGCUGUAGGAAUCUGGCUCAGCCGAGGGGGUAGACGAAAUGUCUUCCCAUCCAUCAUCAUCAUCUUAACCGGUUGGGCGAUGAGUGCCCACUCGCAAGCGCUGAUGAUUUCAACCAUGAUCCACUCGCUUUUCGGAUACACGCUUAUGGGUGCGGGUAUUGCCAGGAUGGUCGAGGUCUGCUUUGUCUUACAAGAUCGUCCUACUGGAGCUACUGUCGAAUCACCAAACGUGCCUACAGCGAGCAACGAAGCGGUCAACGGAAGCUGGUACCCCAUUCGAGCGUUCCAGUAUCUUCCGCCUUAUCUGCUAGUAGCGUCAGGCGUUCUUUUCAUGUCGGCGACGGACGAAGAGCUGCGAUGGGCUGAUUCACAAGGCGUCGAUCAUGCUACAUGGGGACUGAUUGAUUUUAGCGCCUCCAUGCUCAUGUUCCUGUGGAUCAACGUGCUUGUUGAUCUAUAUGUGGGGUAUGGAGGCCAGUACGGUGCUGCGAGGAAGAACGCGGCACAGGCAAGAGGUGAGGAUAGCGAAGCACAGGCGAGCACGUCGCUGUAUUCGCGCCUCAGCCUGGGAAACGGUCAUGGCAAUGGUGGUGCAGGGCACAGCUCGUCACGCGCAACAGCGACAGAGCAACACGAGCUCGGCGGCUUGACUUCAAAGCGAACACUGCUUAGCGGUGAGGAUGAUGAGGCGGAGGCAAGCCAUGUAUUGUUCGAUGAAGAGGAUGAGGAUCCGUUCGAGGAGAAGGAGCGCGACGACUACGAGAGCACCGGCAGUGGCAGCAGCAGUGUCGUUCGCAGUCGCAUUCACAUCUAA